CAGGGGAAACUAAGCAUCAUUUACUUAUACCACAUCAGACCAUCUGAUCUUAUCCUAAGACAAUACCAGUGAUGUUAUAAUGCCCAAGCUUCUGUUUUCCAAGAUUCGGUUUAGCGAUAUAAAGGAUUUAUUUCCAAAUAUACAACGACAGAGAAGGAUUGAUAUUGUUCUGAGUCGAAGGGGGAGAAACUACAACACAUGGUCCUCAGGUCAAAAAUCAAAUGAUGAAGCUUGUCCUUCAAACCCCAGCUGGAAGACUGACCAUAAACUUGAACUAUCUCUGGAAAAAUGGCUAAAAGAUAAAAGGUACAGAGCAGCAUUCCGGUCCUUCCUGGAGUCUGAGUUCAGUGAGGAAAACAUUGAUUUCUGGCUCGCAUGUGAAGACUUUAGGUCAUCUUCAGAUAACCUGAAAUGGAGAGCUGAGGAGAUCUAUGAGGAGUUUGUCAAACCUACAGCAUGCAGAGAGAUUAAUGUAGACCACAGAGUCAGAGAGAAGAUCCAGGAGUCGCUGGAGAAGCCAAGUCAUUGCUGCUUUGAUGAGGCCCAGAAACAUGUCUACCUCCUGAUGCUAAGAGACUCUUGUCCCAGAUUCCUUCACUCAGAUGCUUACCUGAGUUUGAAGCGCAAAUCUAGGACCCAUUGGUAUAUUUAGGAAAAAAAUGGGUACUGUUUCCAUUUCAGGUGAAAGCACUACAACUCAAGUGUCAGGGUACAUUAACAAGAAGUGUGUACAACCUAAAAAUGUUUUUUGUGUUUGCAAGAAUAUAAAGUCAUUGAAAAGAACAGCUGAAAGAGAGAGGAGUUGUGUGAUGGUGAUGUGCAUUGAAGGACAACGACGUGCAUGUUUAUGCUUGUUCAGGGUUGCUUGAAGUGCUGCAUGUGUUGCUUGAAAGUCUAAGUAUGUCAGGGGAGAUUAUGGAGAAUAAUAAAAGAUAAACAACUGUAAACAAUG